CAACACAAACAAGAACGAUACAUACGAAACUACUCAACAAACAAAUAUCAUCACACUCUUCUCUCCUCAACACCUUCAGAUUUUUCUGCCAUGGCGUCCGUACCCCUCCCUCUGAAUUUUAAUACUCUCAGUUAUAAUAGUUCCUUCGUUUCUGAGAGAGUGAGGUUUGGCUCGUGUUUGAGGAAGAAGAAUCCCACCAGAACUGCCACCUUCGUUUGUAAAGCUGCCUCUCUUGUCUUUCGCGAUCUCGACGCCGAUGAUUUCCGCCACCCUCUUGACAAACAGAACACACUGAUUUUGAGGGCGAUUCCGGGGUUGAACGAACUUGGAAAGGCUUUACUAGGGUCUGUUUCAGAACAAGUGAUGCUUUUGGAGAAUAUUGGAACAUCAGUUCUUGUUUCAGAGAAUCAGCUACCUGAACUACACCAGUUAAUGAUUGAAGCAGCGAAAAUAUUGAACAUCGAGUCCCCUGAUCUGUAUGUUCGUCAAAGUCCUGUACCAAAUGCAUAUACUCUAGCCAUAAGUGGUAAAAAGCCUUUUGUUGUGGUUCAUACUAGUCUUGUGGAGCUUUUGACACGAAAGGAGUUGCAGGCUGUUUUGGCUCAUGAGCUGGGUCAUUUGAAGUGCGACCAUGGUGUGUGGCUUACAUUUGCAAAUAUUCUUACCCUUGGAGCUUAUUCUUUACCUGGGCUUGGUGGGUUGAUAGCUCAGAGUUUAGAAGAACAGUUAUUCCGUUGGCUUCGAGCAGCUGAGUUAACUUGUGAUCGUGCAGCUCUUCUUGUUGCUCAAGAUUCAAAGGUGGUCAUCUCUGUGCUGAUGAAGUUAGCUGGGGGCUGUCCAUCUAUGGCUGACCAACUAAAUGUUGAUGCAUUUUUGGAGCAAGCUCGGUCUUAUGAAAAAGCUUCAUCAAGCCCGAUUGGUUGGUACAUAAGUUUGAAACUAUUCCAAAGACUGCCAGAGAUAAUAGAAGAUUUGUUCAAAAUUAUUGGCUGCUGUUAAAACCUUUCCAGCUGCCAUAUUCCAUGUGGAAUUAUCAUGUCAAGUCUUGUACAAAUAUAGUUCUUAGGAGACACGUAUGUAUAUUCUUUUAGGACUCAUCUUAUACUUUUGAGUGUUAGAAAAAGAAAGGAAGACUCAGAUGUAUACGAUUUUUAUAGAAUUGGGACUGUUGCUCAAGUCCUAGAUGACACACACGAACAUAUGAGAUCUUUUCUUAGUAUUUUUAUACAGAUUCACUAUUGUUGUGUGGAGUGUUUGCAUCCACAUCAGAAAAUAAAAUAAACUUUAGAUAUAUGGACAAAAUUUUUCUAAAA